CAGUCCUGCGCCAGCACAAUCAACAGCGCCCUCCUUCACGAUAGACGUCACCCUGUGUUCCGGUCAAAGUUCGUGUUUAGAGUCCGCGACGGACCUCGUUGCAACUCUCUUCAUGUGCUUGGACACGUCCUGACCCAACUCCAUCCCCUCGCCACCCCCCCCAUCAACCCGACCUCAGCCUUUUCCGCCCUUCCUCGUUCCGACCAUGGCAGCAGUCACCAUGCCCACGACCGCCACCCUCCCUGUUCCUAAUGGGCUUGGUGCCGCUGCCUUGGACAAUCCAGAAUCCAUGUCCCAGCCUCUUCCUCCGCCGCCCCAAGUCCAUACCCCUCCUACUACGGACGAGGGGAGUCAUAAGGAUGAUGACGCAGCCUCGAGUUCCUCCCUCUCCGAACUUGACGAUGACAUUGAAGAUGAGGAAAAUAGAAUGAGAUUCGAGGAGGCUGCCCGCGCUGGCGCAGAAGCCGAACAGUUCUCGGAGGUCAAACCGGACAGAUAUGAGAACGGAGUACCCAUCUUCACUCCGGUAUGUGAUAUAUGACCGAUGACAUGGCCCGAUGCGAGGUUGCGGAAAAGAAAAGCCAGGCUGACAAACACGGACACCAGACAAUGGCCCAGUUCAAGGACUUCCAAAGAUAUGUCAAGGGUGUGGACCCUUACGGCAUGCAAUCUGGAAUCGUCCUCAUCGAUCCUCCCGAAGAAUGGAAGCGUGCUCGGAAAGCUCUGGACGAGAUGGUCAAGACCAUCCGGAUUAAAAAUCCCAUAACCCAGGAGUUCCAUGGUGCCCAAGGGAUCUACACGCAGAGAAACAUGGAGAAGAUGAGGUCUUACAAUCUUCCGCAAUGGAAAUCUCUCUGCGAGCAGACCGAGAACCAGCCUCCCGCCAAACGUGGCGAGAAACGCCUCAAUGCCGACAAGUUGCUUGGGCGUGGCACAGCUCGCAGUAGAAAAACUGAAGCAUCGGCGACACCUGAGGCUUCUAGAAGAGCCUCCAGUCGUGCCAAAUCCAUUCCUAUCAAGGAAGAACCGACCGAACACGAUUCUACCCUACUUGCCCCUCCCACCCCGACCAGUCCCGAGGUGAAGCCAGCCGCACUGGACAACGAGGAGGCAGAUGAUGAGGCGGUUUCCUCGACUGCUGAUCCAACUCCAACCAAGGCCAAGAGAGGGAGAGGCAGACCACCUGGCACCGGCAGACCACGAGGACGACCGCCCAAGAGUGCCUCCAAAAAGGAAUCUUCAAGCGUUGGUAAAGGGGCAGAGACAACCGUUGCCGCUCGUCGACUGCGGAAUGCCCGCGAGGCCAUUGAUGAGAUCGACGAAGAGGCUUUCCGCGAUUUUGAUUAUCGAGCAUAUGAUAACGACCAGUGGACGCCGGAGCGCUGCGACGAACUCGAAGAGAAGUACUGGAAAAGUCUCAACUUCAGCAAUCCCAUGUAUGCCGCCGACAUGCCCGGCUCUCUGUUUGACGAGGAUACCAAAGAAUGGAAUGUGGCAAAACUACCAAACCUGCUGGAUCUUUUGGGUCAACCUAUUCCCGGUGUCAACACGGCUUAUCUAUAUCUUGGGAUGUGGCGAGCGACUUUUGCCUGGCAUUUGGAAGAUGUGGAUCUUUACAGCAUCAACUACAUCCACUUCGGUGCCCCGAAGCAAUGGUACAGCAUAUCUCAGAAAGACGCACCCAAGUUUGAAGCGGCCAUGAAGUCUAUCUGGUCGUCGGACGCCAAGGACUGCGAUCAGUUUUUGCGCCACAAGACUUACCUAGUCUCGCCUGCAAUACUGAAAUCCAAGUUUGGGGUCAAUGUCAACAAAGUCGUCCAUCGAGAAGGUCAAUUUAUAAUCACCUUUCCCAUCGGCUAUCACUCCGGCUACAAUCUGGGUUAUAACUGCGCAGAGUCUGUCAAUUUUGCCAUUGAGAACUGGUUACAGUAUGGUAAGACAGCGCGUAAGUGUCAGUGCGAAGCCGACAGUGUUUUCAUCGACGUGGACUGGUUUAUCCGAAGAAUGAAUGGCGAGCCUACACCCGAGUUUGAAGAAGUUGAGGUCACGGACGACGAAGAUGAGGACGAACCAACAGAUCUACCGACACCUCCAAGCAGCGACAGAGGCAAGAUCAAGAUUCCACAGAAGAGGAAACGGGCUUUGAAGGAUCUUGGACCCAACAAAAAGGCCAGGAAAAUCAUCAAAAUCAGAAAAGUCAGCAAGAACCAACCCUGUUGCUUGUGCCCCAAUGAUUUCUCCUGGGAGCAACUUCUGCCGACGACGCAAGGCCAGCUUGCUCACAGGAGUUGUGCAAUGUACACGCCAGAAACCUACAUUGCAAGCCAAGACGGCAAGGAAAUGGUCUACAAUGUCGAAAACAUCAGCAAAGAUCGCUUGGAACUCAAAUGCCACGAAUGUCGGCAGAAGAAAGGCUCGUGCUUCCAAUGUUCGUCGGCGAAAUGCACCAAGUCGUACCACGCGACUUGUGCCAUGCAAGCUGGCGUUCAAGUCGAUAAGGGCGAAAUCGCUGUUUGGCACGAAGGAGUGGAGUAUCGCGAUAUCGGUUUCGACUGGAGAUGUCGUCUGCAUCGUACGGUCAAACGCACAAGAAUCACGAGUGAACUAUCUGCCUGCAAUCACGCAAACAGCUGCUGGCAGAAUGCAGAAUUUCGACAGUUUCUUUUCCACCUUAAGGAAGGGGAGCUCAUCCAAUUUCAAGCCACCAAUACCGACGAUAUUGAGGCUGGCCUGGUUAUUGCUGGCUACGAUGAAGGCCAAGACUCGGUUCUUGUCAAGAUUCUACCAGAUCUGAAACAGGUCAAAGAAGUAGAUCCCACCUGCAUCCUGUUUGUCGACUCUGCAACCUCGUAUCUACAGAAGCCAAGUGCGAAUGCGCUCGACCUACCGGAAGAGCUUCAGGGCAAGACUGCCUCACUCCCUGAAUCCACAGAGAAGAAGCCAAGUCCAGGCGACCUGUUUACGGAAGAGCCAAGGACCGAAUGGGCAGAGUUUGUCUGUUCUCUACCUCCCAUUAAUAUAGCCCAGAAGCCUGUUGAUCUGGGCAAGGACAAACAGCUUUGGUUGUACCUCGGAAAGACGUCAUCAGAGGGCAAGGCAUUCUAUACGGCUGAUCCUAACAACCCCGUUCAUGAUCCUGCCUCCAACUUCCUCGACCUCGUUAUGCCUCCCAAAAAGGCAAUGGCACCGCCACCUCAACCCAAACGUCAAGCGCUCUCUGCUUCGCACCCACUGGCCAACUUUGCCACCAAGAAUGCUGCAAUGGCAAGCAUGAGACAGGCCAUCGAUAAGCGGCCUAUGCAGAGUUCAGUCCUUCCGGGAACGUUCAGCGGAACAACACAAGAUCUGACGAUGGGAGGCAGCCAAGCUAGGCCAAUCAAAGCCAGCCAGAUCAAGCCGUCACAAUAUAAAGACAUCAUGACAGGUCAAGAAGCUCGCCUUAACGAGCAGGCCCGGAUAUUCCAACGACAGCAAGUCAAGGCUCGGCAACUUGACGUUGCAGAGAGCUCCAUCAGUUCCGUGCGUCAUCCUAGUAUCGGGAUUGACCAUGAUGCAGUCCAGCGCCAGAGGCAUUUCCAACAGCAGGCAUCUCAACAUGCUAAGCAUAUGAAGGAGUGGUCAAACGAUCCGUCACUGCCACCGCUCAAGCAGUACGAGCCCUUCCCGAGUUUCGCUACCCUCGAUAACACUGGCCGGUACGGUCCUACAAUGAUGAAUUCAAACAUCCGGUCCCAACAAUACGAAUACAGCAGCGACUGGAUGAACCCUGGAGCUGUGGGCCGGAGCCCAAGUUUCGGACAUCCUCAAAAUUCGGGUUUCAACUCCAUGCUUUCAUCUCAAUACGGUCAACUCCAGUCCCCAGCCACUUCUCCCUUCCCUCCAUACGUCCAGCAGUCUCACCUUCAGUUCCCCUAUCACGGCAGUUCGAGUCACAGUCCUCCAGGAUCAUCGACGCCAAGCACUCCAUAUCAACAGUCCCGCAUCGAAACCAUCCGCGCGGCCGCAAGCCAACCCCCUCCUCCCCCACCCUCAGCCGAAGUCGAACGUCAACGACGGAUCUCCAACCCAGCUUAUCCCUUCAAAAGUCCUGAUCAAAUCAAGGCCCAAAGAGAAGCAGAGAAGCACUCUCCACCCGGUAGCAGGCCGAGCAGCUCAUACAUGAUGCCCAGUCCCAGUCUGCAGCAGCACGACCACUCAGCUUCCUUUAUGCAGCAUGUAGGUUCAUCUGCGGCGAGCCCCUCUAUGCAACCGCUUGACCCACAGAAUCCACCUCAAUUUAUCAAUCCAAAUGCGACGCAGAUCAGUCCGCCCGGAUCCAGUGCUGGACAUCGCUCUGCGAGGGGAAGUUUCUCCGGAUUAGGUCUGGGUUCAACCGUUCCUCUCCCCUUGACUCACAUGGGCUUGAAAAGGAGCUCUUCGAUGGACAUGAUGGAUCUCGAUAUGCUCCAUGACAUGGCGCCCUUCCCCGCUGCGAGUAUCAAUCCACUGCAAAUCAGCAAUUACAUUCCUAAGCGCUCGAUCUACGAUCCACUCAACACUACUGUCCAUAGCGGUAUCGUGCAACAGAAGCCUCAGCUCCCACUUCCCAAACCAAUUCUACCGCAUUCCUCGACAAUCCAGUUUUCUCCCCAACCUCCAAUGGCCGAUCCAUCCCGCCAACUGGCUCAGUCUCUUGAGAAACGUCCCCUUGGACCAACCGGCUUACUGAUCAACGAUCGUCCUAUCCCAAAGCAACUGAGCGAUUGGACUGUAAGGGGCGGGUUCUGGGCGAGGGUGGCCGGGUACUUUAUCCAGAAACAUAACGGCAUGGCUAGUGUUUAUAGGAGCCCGUUUAUCGCCGUCAAGGACAAAGUUGGGCUGGACAGUUGGGAAGGAGGCUUGGCGGAAAGCUAUUAUGACAAUCUGGAACCCUUGGAAAGGCAAAGGAUUGAUGCCGUGAAAGAAGGCAAGGCACUACAAUGAAUGUGAAGAAGAUGCCAAGAAUCUUCGUUGACAUGUUGAACCAUUGCAAGAAAACGAAGGGACCGGCACGUGAGUCGCGCAGAUUCGUCCUUCGUGGCCGUCGAUGAAGUUCCAGUGGAUAUGAAUGUGAUUAUUCAUGCAGGAAUUAUUGGACUGUUGAAGCGGAUCUGAAUGAAGGCACCAGAAAAGCAACGAGGAUCCAGAAAGGCCGGAUGCCACACCAUGUACAGGGAACCGAGGAGGAAAGGGGUUCCAUGCAUACGUUGAUUUGGGCUCGAACAAAGAUGAAGGCCUGUUCAUUCAUUUACCCAAUCUCCUGGGUCGGACAGCUCCGACCCCGACCAACAUCUUUUCAGCUUUGGUACACUAAGUAGCAAAGAGAAUAUGAAACCCGAGAGCAAAG